AUGGCAGAUGGUACCUACAGGUUCCAGCAGCCUGGGGCCGGGCAGUUCUACUUCCAAACACAACCGCAGCAGCAGCACUCGCACCAAAGAAACACCCUUCCAAACGGGACUAAUUCGCCGGGUCGACUGAAGUUCAACCACAACACCCCCUCCCCUUCUCGAUCGCCUCCCGUAAACCAAUCAGCCUCGCUCAACCCAUUCACCAUGUAUGGCCAGAGCCAUCAAGGACAGCAUGUCAUGAUGAAUGGCGGUCAGGCCCAUCAGCGGUUUGGAAUGCAGAUGCCCAAGUUUCAGUCGCAAAAUCACCACCCUCACCAUGCUCCGCAACCCGCACACCACCACGCACACCAACCUCAUAGCCAACAUGGCCUCGCCCACCAACAACACUUCCCGGCCGGCGCCCUUGCCACCACCACUCCGCAUUUCACCUCCAACCACCUCCAGAAUGGGGCGCCAACCGCCGGGGACGAUGAUAUUGAUGAAUCGAUGAACGAAUUCUGGCAGGAGCAACUUCAGCUUGCGGCGGAGUCCAGGCAGGCCAAUUCCCCUCACUACUACGCCCGGAUCAUGGCGCAGCAGUCCAAGGGGAUCCAGAUCAUGCCUAGUCAAACCGACACCCCCGACCAGAAGGCCAAUGGACAGAAUGGAAUUGUCGCAAGUAAGGCGGCCUCUCGGCAAGGUUGGAACGCCUUGGACUUUGGCGGACAGGGCCUGCGGGCCAUGGCUACCUCCUUGUUCAACUACACCUUCCUUGAGAAGCUCUACCUCAAUCACAACAAGCUGAAAGUGCUCCCUCCGGCAAUCGGCCAGCUGCGAAAAUUGACUCAUCUGGAUCUUUCCGGCAAUGAUCUCAACGAGCUUCCGGAGGAGAUUGGCAUGCUUACAAACCUCAAGAAGCUCUACCUCUUCGAUAACAACAUUCGCACGCUUCCCUACGAAAUGGGCUAUCUCUACCGGCUGGAAACGUUGGGCAUUGAGGGCUGCCCCCUCAAUGACGUUCUCAAGUCUCAAAUCAUGAAGGAAGGAACCAAAUCUCUGAUCAAGUACUUGAAGGAAGAGAUGCCAGUUCACUUGCCUCCUCCAGAUCGAGACUGGGUCAUUCUCGACGAGACCGCGAGCUCAACCAACAGCCCCACCGAGAAGAUCACCGUCCUUUCGUACAAUACUCUAUGCGACUCCUCCGCCACCCAGUCCCACUAUGGUUACGCCCCCUCUCGUGUCCUCUCCUGGGAGUUCCGUCGCGAACUCAUCCUUAACGAAUUACGAUCCCACAGCUCCGACAUCGUCUGUCUCCAGGAAGUUGAUCAAGGAAGCUAUAACAACUUCUUCCGCGAGCAGCUUGCGUACAAUGAUUACAAAGGUGUCUAUUGGCCCCGAGGGCGUGCCAUGGGCAUGCAGGAGGAAGAUGCUAAGAUGGUGGAUGGUUGCGCUAUCUUCUUCAAGGGCAGCAAGUACAUUCUGCUGGACAAGCAGCUCAUCAACUUCGGUCAAACCGCUGUCCGCCGGCCCGAUGCCAAGGGUCAGGACGACAUUUACAACCGCCUGUGGCAAAAAGAUCACAUUGCGGUUGUAGUUUUCCUGGAGAACCGACAGACGGGAGCGCGCUUCAUGGUCGUGAAUGCUCAUCUCUAUUGGGACCCGGCGUUUAAGGAUGUCAAGCUCAUUCAAACAGCCAUUCUGAUGGAGGAGAUCACCAAGCUUUCUGAUGGCUAUGCGAAGUGGCCCGCGUGCAUGGACAAGACAGCAUUCCGCUUCUCAGAGGCAGAAAGCGGCCCUGAGAACACGCCGGUCGCCGAGCCUGCGCCAUCGAUGGAGUACACCAGUGGCGACCAGAUCCCGCUCCUCAUGUGUGGUGAUUUCAACUCCAAUCCUGGGUCUGCGGCAUACAAUCUCAUUGCCAAUGGACACCUCCCUGAAGAGCACCCCGACCUGGAGAAGCGACUGUACGGCAACCUCAGCCGCGUCGGCAUGACGCACCCUUUCAAGCUGAAGUCGGCGUACGGCUCCAUCGGGGAAUUGUCCUUCACCAACUACACACCAGAUUUCAAGGACAUCUUAGACUACAUCUGGUUCUCGUCCAAUACGCUGCAUGUCUCGGCGCUGCUCGGAGAGGUGGAUAAGGAGUAUCUUCGGCGGGUGCCUGGCUUCCCGAAUUUUCAUUUUCCUAGUGAUCAUGUGGCAUUGUUUGCGGAGUUUACCGUUAAGGGGAAAAAGGGUAAGGUUGUGGAGGCGGAUUUUGGACCGCAACGGCACUGA